AAAAAAUAUCCUCCAGAUGAUGCCAAUAAAUAGGGAAUUCCUGGACUUGAUAACAACCCCGAAGGUCGACGGAGUGAUUCUGACAGUUCGUACGAACGACAAGACUCCACGUCUGGAAGGUACCCUGUGCCUGACCUGUCACCACAUGCUGCUGUCGUCCCGUCAGAAUCACCGCCACGAGCUGUGGCUCCUCUACAGGAACAUCGAUCAGGUUGAGAGAAAAAUGAAUAAUCAGAGUCCAGGUGGCUGUCUCCUCCUCAAAUGCAAGGACUUCCAGAUCCUCCAGCUGGAUAUAUCCUCCACGGAAGACCUGAUGAGCGUUUCCUCCUGCCUGGAGAAGCUGUCCACCCUGGAGCAGGUGCGCCAGUAUCCAUUUUUCUAUCGUCCCCCGUCCGACGAGACUAAACACCAGAGUGAUGACGGAUGGUCGUCAUUUACUCCAGUCUCCGAGUGGUCUCGACUCCUGGCGUCUCAUGGUGACGAGUGGAGGAUCAGCUACCUCAACAGGGAUUACAAAGUCUGCAAUUCCUAUCCCUCCGCGAUGAUUGUCCCACGGUUGAUCGACGACGACGUCAUCAUGGCGUCUGCUGGAUUCAGAGAUGGUGGAAGAUUUCCAAUAAUCUGCUACAGGCACGAAGGUGGAAGCAUCCUCUUCAGGAGUGGACAGCCCUUGUGUGGAGCUAAUGGUAAACGAUGCAGAGAGGAUGAAAAACUUCUGAACAUCGUCCUGGGGGCUGGCAGGCGAGGAUACGUCGUCGACACGAGAUCCACCAAUCAGGCGCAGAGUGCCAGAGCCAAGGGUGGAGGCACUGAAAUUGAUUCUGCUUAUCCACAGUGGAGGAAGGUUUAUAAGAGCGUUCCCAGGCUCGGUGAGUUGUCUGAGAGCCUAGGGAAACUCCUCGAGGCAUGCAAUGAUGUCAGUUCCUCCAGUGGACAGUGGAUCUCCAGGUUGGAGGGCUCCGGCUGGAUGGGGCAUGUUCAGGGCGCUAUGAAUGCUGCUUGUGUUGUUGCACAGUGUCUUGAUCAGGAACUUGCUGCUGUUCUCGUUCAUGGUUCGAGUGGUCGUGAUUCAACACUGGUGGUGACAAGCCUAGCCCAGGUGAUCCUGUCGCCGGCGUCACGUACAAUCCGAGGCCUCCAGAGUCUGAUAGAACGUGAAUGGCUGCAGGCAGGUCAUCCCUUCUUCACGAGAACCCGUCACAGCGCCUACUCCACCACUCAAUCCCACACCAGUCCCCAUUCACCCAUUUUCCUCCUCUUCCUGGACGGUCUUUACCAGCUGCACCACCAGUUCCAGUACAGCUUCGAGUACACGACAGAUCUCCUGAUUGAGCUAUUCAGACACGCCUACUCCUCGGAAUUUGGCACCUUCCUCGGGGACUCCGAGGCCGAGAGGAUCACCCUCCGCCUCCCAGAGAGAACCACCAGCCUCUGGCCCCACAUCAACAAACCUGAAAACCUGGAGAAGUGGAUGAAUCCCCUCUACGAGGCAAAUCCCACCGUUAUCUGGCCGAGUGUAGCACCAAUCAGUAUUCGUCUCUGGAAGGAAUUGUACCUUCGUCACACACCUGUGGCACCCUGGGACGGAUUCAACACCUGCGUCAAGGAGUUGAAGGAGAAUUACUCGUCUGUCAAGAGAUUCGCUGAACAACUGCGGAAUCAGGUGCGUCAAGCUCUCGAUGAAAUCGAGAUACAGAGCAAUGGCACUCCCUGUCUCAAGGAACAUGACGAGCAGGUGCAGAUGUGCCUGGGGAAGCUCAACAUAGAGACACCAUCCUCAUAAUAUCGACUGAAGGACAUCUUCAGGAAGUGAGACAACUGAAUUUGUAUUUCAAGUUCUUCGAAGAGACGAUUCCCACCUCGUUAUUGUACAUAUCUCAGAAGCUAAUGUUAUUUAUCAAUAAUCUAUCAUUAUUAACUAUUGUUUAGGUCUUCUUAUUAAUUUAAACUAUUUUGAUAACUCUGUAAAUAUUCAGAGACAAAUCCCCAACGAAAAGUGUUUUCUAUUUCAGUCCAUAUCUCGGAUUUGAAGGCACAUAGGCAUUUUUUUGUAUAAAAACUUUUUAUAGGGAAAGAUUAGAGCUACAAAAAAGGUAUCCAUGAAAAUUUCGGUAUCUUCCCUUGAUCUCGAGUAAUUACCAAAAAACUGGUCUUUAAAAAAAAUCACUUAUCCUACUCCACGAUUUCGUGAUAGAAAUAUCAUUAUCAAUUAUUUCCUUACGAUUAUUCUUAAUUAGAGAUAAUUAUUAGGGGUCAGAAGAUUCGUCUGGAAUUUUUAAGAGCGAAUUACUGAUAAUUAUUCCAUCUUUACCUCGCGAAGUGUAAUGAGGUAAUUAGAAGUAAUUAGAGAAUAUUGCGGAUUAGCUGAGGUCUAGAGCCAUUUAUUACAAUUCCAGUAAAUAAUAUGUACAUAUGAUAUACAAUAUGAAACUGCAAUCUUCGAUUUACGUAGAUUAGUACUGAGGAAUGUCAAUAUCAUGUAUAAAUUAUUUUCAUCUAGCUCCAUUUAGGGAUAAUUAUUAUUGCAUGUCUAAAUUUUCACUCGUAAUUGUGUAGUCAAUACAGAUGUAAGAGGAUUUAUGAAUUUAGUCGUGAGAGAAGGAAAAGGAAACAAUAAAAUAGAAUAUUAUAAAUUUUUCAACAAUUCCCAGGCAUCGAAAAUGUUAUUUACAAUUAAUCCACUGUAAAGAUGUGGAUAAAUCGUCGAUAUCAGUUGCUUAUCAGUUCUGAUAAAUUUUUGGAAAUAAUAUUUAUCACUUUGUAAAGACGAAUUCUCGAACCUGUGGCCUCUAGAUUUUUGUAAUAAAUUAAAGAUGCAAGAGAAUUCGUAAAACGUUAUAAAACAAGUUGGACUUGUUUUAUUUUUUAAUUACCUCAUGACCGAGGUAAUUAAUUCGCAAAAAACAUUGCAUUAUAUAUUAAUUAACUGAGGACCUGAAAUUAACCGACACUUUCAAGAUUUUUAAUGAUUAAAAUAUUCACAACUGAAAUAAAUUUGUUUAAUAUAAUAAAUUUGAGAAUUUUAUGUUCUGGGGAAAAAGAUUUUCUGUUUCGAGGAAUCAAUAAUGCAUUUUUAAUAUUAUAAAAUAAUUUGUAAAAGUUCAUACCCUUUCCUGUCCUUAUUAGCGAUUUGGAUUAUAAUUAUAGUC